CCGCCCGACAGCGCCCGCCGCGGGUCCGCGCCGCCCAGCCCGUCCCCGGCCCUGCCCGCGGGGAUGCGGAGCGGCGGGCGCCAGAGGCCGCGGCCCGGCUAGGCCCGCGCUCGCCCGGACGCGGCGCCCGAGGCUGUGGACGCUGCUGGGCCUGGGGAGAGCCUCCCGCUCGGGGAGCAGCCAGCGGAGCGAGCACGCCGCCCGGGCACCAUGGCCGACGUGGCGAUCGUCAAGGAGGGCUGGCUGCACAAGCGAGGGGAGUACAUCAAAACCUGGCGGCCCCGCUACUUCCUGCUGAAGAACGACGGCACCUUCAUCGGCUACAAGGAGCGGCCGCAGGACCUGGAGCAGCGCGAGUCGCCCCUCAACAACUUCUCUGUGGCGCAAUGCCAGCUGAUGAAGACGGAGCGGCCGCGGCCCAACACCUUCAUCAUCCGGUGCCUGCAGUGGACCACGGUCAUCGAGCGCACCUUCCACGUGGAGACGCCCGAGGAGCGGGAGGAGUGGACCACCGCCAUCCAGACGGUGGCCGACGGGCUCAAGCGGCAGGAGGAGGAGAUGAUGGACUUCCGAUCGGGCUCGCCUAGUGACAACUCGGGGGCCGAGGAGAUGGAGGUGUCCCUGGCCAAGCCCAAGCACCGUGUGACCAUGAACGAGUUCGAGUACCUGAAGCUGCUGGGCAAGGGCACCUUCGGGAAGGUGAUCCUGGUGAAGGAGAAGGCCACCGGCCGCUACUACGCCAUGAAGAUCCUCAAGAAGGAGGUCAUCGUGGCCAAGGACGAGGUGGCGCACACGCUCACGGAGAACCGAGUGCUGCAGAACUCCCGGCACCCUUUCCUGACGGCCCUGAAGUACUCCUUCCAGACCCACGACCGCCUCUGCUUCGUCAUGGAGUACGCCAACGGCGGCGAGCUCUUCUUCCACCUGUCGCGGGAGCGGGUGUUCCCCGAGGACCGCGCCCGCUUCUACGGCGCGGAGAUCGUGUCCGCCCUGGACUACCUGCACUCGGAGAAGAACGUGGUUUAUCGAGACCUCAAGCUGGAGAACCUGAUGCUGGACAAGGACGGGCACGUCAAGAUCACUGACUUCGGGCUGUGCAAGGAGGGCAUCAAGGACGGGGCCACCAUGAGGACCUUCUGCGGGACGCCCGAGUACCUGGCGCCCGAGGUGCUGGAGGACAACGACUACGGCCGGGCCGUGGACUGGUGGGGGCUGGGCGUGGUCAUGUACGAGAUGCUGUGCGGCCGGCUGCCCUUCUACAACCAGGACCACGAGAAGCUCUUCGAGCUCAUCCUCAUGGAGGAGAUCCGCUUCCCGCGCACGCUCAGCCCCGAGGCCAAGGCCCUGCUGUCUGGGCUGCUCAAGAAGGACCCCAAGGAGAGGCUCGGAGGGGGCUCCGAGGACGCCAAGGAGAUCAUGCAGCACCGCUUCUUCGCCGGCAUCGUGUGGCAGGACGUGUACGAGAAGAAGCUCAGUCCACCCUUCAAGCCCCAGGUCACCUCGGAGACAGACACCAGGUAUUUUGACGAGGAGUUCACGGCCCAGAUGAUCACCAUCACCCCACCUGACCAAGAGGACAGCAUGGAGUGUGUGGACAGCGAGCGGAGGCCCCACUUCCCCCAGUUCUCCUACUCGGCCAGCGGCACGGCCUGAAGGGGCCUGCCGGGCGCCAGCUCCGUGGACCGGGAGGGCGCCGCACCGACAAUCUGCAUCGGAUGCCGCCCUUCCGGCUGCGUGCGUCGGCGCCGCGCCUCCGGCUCGGACGGGAAGACUUACGUGCUGUGGGCGGGGCGCCUGGCCGGCAGGGAGGAAGGCUGGCCUUCGGUUUUUCUUAAUUUAUUUCAUCCAGUUCUCCGGGCGUGGCCUCGGCCUGCAGACGAGGUUCACGCGGGAAGCGCCGAGGA